AUGAACAAGGAUUCAAAACCGAAUGUUUCGCGCCGAUCGAGGUCAAACUCCAGUAGCGAUGGGUCCACAACUUCACCCGAAACACAAGAGCGCACUAUACCCAGUUCAGCUCCAAGAAACCGUUACACACAUAUUGUAAUACUUAAAUCACUGAACAACACAUUCGAGACUAAGUUUCUAGUCGUUCCAUUCAAACCAGAUGGUCUCAAACUUGGCAGGCCCAUCGCCAAUUCUGCAAUUCCACAGGGAGGGAAACAAGAUCUCCUGUCACAAGUCAGACCUGAUAAUGGCCAUUUUGACUCCCGAGUAUUAUCCAGAAACCACGCUUCGCUCAGUUGCGAACCAUUUUCUGGCAAAAUUUAUAUUCGUGAUUUGAAGUCUUCAAACGGGACAUUUGUGAACGGAAAUCGUAUUACGCAGAGUGAUGUGGAACUCAAAGUAGGUGAUAUUAUUGAUUUAGGCACAGACAUUGAUGCUAAGUUUGAACAUCGCAAAAUAAGUGCCUUAGUGGAGGACAUAUCUAUCAUUCCGCUAAUAAACGAUGACGAUGCUUUCUUCAAUGGAGCUAGCAAUGGCAUCAAGAAUAGUUCAAACAGUUCUGCAGAACAUAACGGUCUCAUUACGCCCAAUGCCCAACGCGCUGCAUUUGAAGCUGCUAUGUUCGGCGACGUCAACAAUCUCGAUUUGGAGGGGUCUUUGCUGGGAUCAGAAACUGAGGUUCUCAGUGGAAUAUUCAUCAAUAACUCUAUUGGUACUAGUCCUAAUCUCAUUAAUGUCAUAAAAACCCUAGUAACGGAGAUUUCAUUGGAAAAACACGAAUAUGAGAAGAUGAAAUCUAUAGAAAGAUUUCUAAUUCAUUAUUCUACUAACCUCGAACACAUCAAUAAACUACGAGUUGAGAAUAACGACAUGCAAUUGGUUCAACUACAAAAUGCACUGAAACAAAAACUUAGCGAAAAGCAUGAAAAGUCAUUGCACAAUCAUCUUGAGCGCUUGAAUGAAAUCAAAGAAGAAAACAUCAGCUUACGCAACAGUAUAGAAGAGCAACAAAAACAAAAGUCUGACAAAGUUGUUAGCUUGAAGCGGGAGCUAGAGGAUUUGAAUACGCGAUUAGAGGUGGAAAAGUUCAAGAAUGCCCAGUUGCGGAAGAGCAACGAAGAGAUAGGGGGCUUUGCAAAACGCACACGAGAUGCGUUGUCAUCGAGAAAGGUAGAGGAUAACUCAAAAAACACUGGGGUAAAAAAGAACAAAUCAACGAUAAUACUCAGCGCAUUUACAAUAGGGAUCAUAGCAGUCGCGUUUCAAUAUUCCUCGAAGAGAUAA